AUGCAAUAUUCUUUUAAAGAUAAGGAAAUGGAGCCGGGUGCUAAUUUUUGGAUGAUGAGCAAGCACGAGCACGAAUUCGAGCUACGGUUCCCAUGCAAGCCAAAACUUCAAUAUCCUUCCGGGAUACAUCGAAUUGGGAGAGACCCAGGGAUAGCACCGAUGCAGGGUGAUAAAAAUCUGGCUGAUGAGCAAGAACAACAAGGAUGUGCCUGUGAUAAAAAUUGUCUA